UUUUAGUUGAUCAGAAGCAUCAGUCCUUCGCAGGUCAACUUUCUCUGUCUUCUUCGUCGCCGCCAGCACUUGAGACUUAGAGGUUUUGAUUAAUCGAGGUCACCGAAGCAAGGAAGAUAUUGGAUUGGUUUUUGGCUUCUAAGAGUAUUAUCAAUCAAACAAUGUCGUCAUUGUUUGAUCUUGGUGAUGAAGAGAUUGAUCGGCUGAUAAAAGUGGCAAACAGUGCAGCAGAGGCAGCCGGGGAAAUCGUGAAUAAGUAUUACUGCCGGAGACUGAAAGUGGACGAGAAGAACGGAGACGGUCCGGUAACAAUGGCGGACAGAGAAGCCGAGAGAGCCAUGGUAGAGAUCAUCCAAGAGAAUUUCCCUUCUCAUGCGAUCUAUGGCGAAGAGACUGGGUGGCAUAACAGCAAAGAAGGCAAUGAGAAGCCAGAGUUUGUUUGGGUAUUGGACCCAAUUGACGGCACCACUAGUUACAUAGCUGGCCAUGGAUGCAUCUCGCUCUUAUUUGGGGUGCUGAUCGGUUUAGUCUACAGAGGGAAGCCGUUUUUGGGCUGCAUUGAUCAGCCUGUUUCUGGGUAUAGGUGGAUGGGGGUGAGAGGGAGAAUGUCGACAUUGAAUGGAAAACCAACUUCCACAGUGGCUUGUGAGGAUUUAGGGCUCGCGAAUGCCUACCUUAAGAGUCCCUAUUACAGCGAAGAUGCCGAGUUUGCUUAUGAUAAAACAGUGAGCAAAGUGAAAACCGUUGAGUACGAUGGCAAUUGCAUUGCCUAUGGAGCAUUGGCUUCUGGAUUCUCGGAUUUGGUGAUUGAUUCUGGUCUUGACCCCUUUGAUUUCCUGGCGGUGAUACCGGUGGUUGAGGGUGCUGGCGGUGUUAUAACUGAUUGGCAAGGACGCGACUUGUUAUGGGACCCUAAUCCUGCCGAUCCUUCCUCUGGUAUUCCUGAUGGAGGCUUCAAGAUUGUCGCCGCCGGUGAUCCCAUCAUUCACAGCCAAGUCAUUGCCUUACUAGCUGAUGAAUGUUGAGACUUGUGAGUGACUUGCCUUAUUUCUCCUAGUCCUAGCUAGCUUAAUCAUGCUAUAUAAUACUUUAGUUUAGUACCGACUAUUUACUGUUUGACUUUACGGUUACUGUUCUUGUUCUCUGUGGCUUAUCUCAUCUAUGCGAAAUUUUAAGGUGUCGUUGCAACUGUGUUGUUCUUCACUUUCUCUGCUUUAUAUGCCCUGAUUCCCGUAUUAAGGCAUCUUUUUAUAUGAUAUUUGAGAGCAUGAACAUGUAUGCUGAACACACAGUCCACAAGCUAGUACUUAUCUUGUUG